UUCAAGUUGUCUGUGCAUAUAUUUUUAAAAGGUCUUUUAUAGAUAAUAAUAUAAAAAAGGGGGAAGGGAUGAACCUAGAUAUUGAUUUUGACUGGUCAGCUAAUUUUGCAAAAUUGAUUGGCUUCGAAAAUGACGAAGUAAAAGAUUUGUUAAGACUAUACUUUCUUCUACAUAGUGAUCACGAGGGGGGAAAUGCAAGUGCCCAUGUAUCUCAUUUGAUUGGAAGUACCUUGGGAAAUCCCUACUUAUCUUUUUCUGGAUGUGCUAUUGCCUUAUCAGGACCUUUGCACGGAUUAGCCAAUCAAGAAUGUUUGAAAUUCCUGUUGGAUAUAAAAAAAAAACUGGAUGGUAAAGAACUAACUUACGGAUUUAUUGAAAAGUAUGCCAAAGAUUUUCUCAAUUCUGGAAGAGUCAUCCCUGGGUAUGGCCAUGCUGUGUUGAGAGUCCCUGAUCCUCGUUUCUUGGCCCUUCGAAAUUUUGCCUUAGCACAUUUUCCAAAUGACCCCAUAGUACAAAUAUUAGAAAUGUGCUAUAAAGUAAUACCAGGGAUUUUGUCUGCCACUGGGAAGGUCAAAAAUCCGUACCCAAAUGUCGAUUGCUAUAGUGGUUCUCUCCUGCACCAUUACGGUAUUAAGUACCCUGAGUAUUACACUGUCCUCUUUGCGCUUUCUAGAUCCAUCGGGGUAAUGUCCCAGUUGGUGCUAUCUAGGGGGUUAAUGUACCCAUUGGAGCGGCCCAAAUCGGUGGACGUGCACAAUUUGAAGAAAAUAUGCGAAAGGAAUUACGUAAAAAUUGAGGAAUUCAAGGGUCAAGACAAUUCUGCAGAUAUCCAGCACAGUGGCGGCCGCUCGAGUCUAGAGGGCCCGCGGUUCGAAGGUAAGCCUAUCCCUAACCCUCUCCUCGGUCUCGAUUCUACGCGUACCGGUCAUCAUCACCAUCACCAUUGA